AUGAAAGGGUUUGCGAAGGUGAUGAAGCGCGCGCCGCACAUUGUGUCGUCGAAAGUCGGCCUUGCAUCGAAGUCAACGGAUGUAGAAUUCGAUCACAUCAGACGGAAAUACGAGGCGAUAGAAAAGCUGACCUCGCUCCUUGCCAGUGAAGGGCAGACGUUCCUGAAUGCUGUCAAGCGCAUGCUUUCCUCCAGCACGGACUUUGCACGUGAAUUCAGUCUGCUCUUCCACCCUUUCGGUCGCGAAUACGACCUGGAGCGCAGGCACCCCGAGGCUGUGCAGACGCUGGCGAACCUGACCGACUAUGUCACGUUUAUUGACCAGCUCCGCGAGACGCUGCGUCCCGAGCAGGACUUGAUUGCAUCGCGCAUCGUUGCGCCGCUGCAAGAGGUCGAGGCGAUUAUGAAGAGUGUUGAGAAAGCGAUCUCGAAGCGCGAUCACAAGCUCAUCGACUUUGACCGGCACAAUAAUGCAUACACCAAGCUCAAGGAUAAACAGAACCGCUCGUCGAAGGAUGACCAGCAUAUGUUUAAGCUGGAGACUGAGUGUGAGACCGCCGCUGCGGACUACGAGUUCCACAACGACCUGCUCAAGGAAGAGCUGCCUCAAUUUUUGUCCAUGGCGACGCGGCUCAUCACCCCCAUCUUUUACUCGUUCUACUAUAUGGAACUCAAUAUUUACUACACGACGCUCGAGCGGAUCCAAGAGUUUGCCAAGGGCAAGUUUGAUAUUUCUGAGAACAAUUUGCUCUCGCACGAACACAAGUAUGCAACGAGUAUGACUGCCAUCGUCGCGCAGAUGGAGCAGAUCUCGAUUAGGAAACCCACGCCGCCCAGUGCGCGCAUUUUGCAGCUUGCCAAGUCGGGCCAGCCGCUUACCCAGAUGCAGCCCAAAGACAACUUGGGUCCGCUGCCUGAGGCGACCGAAGUCUCUGCGCCUCCGCCGGCUUACUCUGCCGCAGAAGCAGCCGCCGUGCCCGAGAAAGCUUCAUCGUACGUCAUCGCACUGUACGACUACGCCGCACAGGCCGCGGGCGACUUGAGCUUCAGUGCGGGCGACCGCAUCGAAGUCGUGGAACGCACGCCGAGCACCGAGGAUUGGUGGACAGGCACGCUAAAUGGCAUGCAGGGCGUCUUCCCAGGGUACGUGCUCUACUAUACUCACCUCUAG